AUUGCAUCGUGAUCGUUUUCGUUUAUAUGUCUAAAGAUAAUGAAUUGGACGAAAACUCGCUCUGUUUUGAUCGAGUUACAAAACCUACUGACCUGUGGAAUAUGUAACGACUUCUUGAAAGACCCUUGCACCUUGAGAAAUUGUGAUCAUAAUUUCUGCAGAAAAUGUAUUGAAAAUUUCCACGAUGAAUCAAAAUGUCCUGAAUGUGGGUUAUUUUAUUGGGCUAAAGACUUAAAAUCAAAUAAUGCUUUGUCAACAACUGUCAGUAUGACAAUCAAAUUGCAAUCUGUUAUUGGUGAGAAGGCAAAAGACUAUGAAGAUAAGACACUGGAAGAUUCCAAAGCCUGUCAAAAAACUGAUGGACCUGUAAAUUUAGAUGUUCACUUUGAUCACAACAGUAAUAAUGACAUCUCAAGUAACAAACUGAGCAACUUUUGUGAACAAAAUUCUUCAUCAAAUGAUGAAGAAAUGCAAGAUUUAGGCAAUGAUACACAAUGUUUAGUUUUUCUACAAUCUCAGAAUGAACAGUGCAAUCUAAAGCGGAACCAUGAAGAAAGUUAUAAAAUUAAUGAAGCUUCAAAAGAAACAGAACAUUCAGAUGAUGAAAAAUAUGUGCACAUUGAAAACCUGGCUAGUUCAAGUUUGCAUAAAUCUAAACCAGGUGACAAAUGUAGCGAAAUGGAGUCAAAUACCGACAAGACCUACUUCAACAGAGCAAAAGAAAAUAAGUCAACUUUUGAGGGUGGAACUCGUUGUUCUAGCAAUAAGUCAACACAAAAUGCACAUACAAAACUGUCUGAAGAACCUAAAAACUUUGAACAUCCAUCCUCCCAACGCAGUUCCUCUGACUUUAAUCCAGAAAAUUCAAAGGGAAAAUCAUUAGAGGUAAACAGCUGUGUUGUUGAUACAAAAUAUUUGUAUCCUUGCAAUCAAGAUCUUCACACAUGUGAAGAAGAAGAUGAUGAAAUUAGGAAACUAAAACAAGACGAAGUCGAAAGAAAUGAAGAUCUUAACACAAGUGAAAAAGAAGAUGAUGAAAUUAGGAAACUAAAACGAAGUAAACUUAAAAGAAAUGAUGAUCCCAACACAACUGUAAAAGAAAAUGAUGAAAUUAGGAAAAUGAAACAAAAUAAACUCAAAAGAAGGAAAUACCAACGACGCAACGCUCCUUCCCUUUCAAACGCACAACGUAAACUUAAAAUUGAGAAUAGAUUAAUUCAAAAAUAUAGCGAGGAUAUGAAAAAUGAACCUGCAGAGAGACGUUGUAGACGUGAUAGGUCAACGAGGAAAAUAAAAACUCGAAAAGAACAACGCACGUUGAGUGAAAAUGAAGUAUUGACCUCAGAAUCUGACACAAAUGAAGAGAACUUAUUAAUUAAAAGACAUAAUUUUGGAAAUGAUAACCAAGACUUAACAAUAAUCAGUGAUUGUGAGCGAAUAACCGAACCACAUAACCGAAAAGACAGUUUUACUCGUAUAAAAAAAAUGAAAUGCGGAAAUGAAGAGGAAACACGAACUAACCAAAGUGGACAAUCUGAUGGCACAAUUGGAAGAAUUAAGAAGAAAAGAAAUUGCGAUCAUUUAAAUCUGAUCGCAUCAUUCCCAAAAUGUCUCAAAAUAAAACUCAAACAUCCUCGACAAGAAAAGUCAAAGGAGAAAUUGGAAAGCGAAGGCAUCAUCUCUUUCAGAAAAAUCACCCGUAAAAGAGGAAAUGAUUACUUGACCAAUGACGCACAAAGUAACAUUUUGUCUGAAAACUUACCUCGUAAAAAACAAGAUUCUCGUCCUACUGAAAGUAAACAUAUGCAUUCGAAGUACAGACGGUGUAUGAACACAAAGAAACAAGAAAAUGAUAGAAAAGAUGAUACAACGUCAAGUGGAUCGCUUGACGGUUCACCUUUUAACAAAAAAGAAAAUCAAUCCUCAAACACGGAGAUGACAAAUGUUCGACGAGAGAAAAAUGCUUUACAGAAACAUUGUACGGUUUAUGAAAACUAUAAUCUCCCUUAUGAUGUUGCAACCGUCACUUCUACCAGAAGGACAUCGCUUCGUGAUUGCUUAACAAAAUCAUCCUCACAAAGCAAAAGUGCAUCAUUUAACAAAGGGAGAAACAAGAAAGGAGAAACACCUUUGCAUCUAGCUGCAAUCAAGGGAGAUCUGUCCCUCGCUGGCACACUAAUUAAUGAAGGUGCUGAUCUCAAUGUCAAAGAUCAUGCUGGAUGGACACCAUUGCACGAAGCGUGCAACCAUGGACAUUUGGAAGUUGCCAAGUUGUUUUUGGACAAUGGCGCCAUGAUUAAUACUCCUGGUCAUGAUAACGUUACUCCACUUCACGAUGCUGUUGCUAAUGGUAGAUUGAAAGUCGUCAAACUUCUGGUAGAUAGAGGAGCUGUUCUCACGUUAAGAAAUAGACAGGGAUUAUUACCGAUUGACUAUGCAACGACCAAAGAAAUGAAAAGCGCCCUGACUUCAACAGCUCAUGUUCAUGAUGACGAUGAAGAAAGUUUAAGACUUGUGAAUAAUCUGCCAAGCUGCUCAAGAGACUCUAAAGUUAUUUUAGGUUCUGGGUUGAAAAGAGAACAACAGGCAAUGUUGAAGUACUGUGUCAAUCAGCUAGGAGGAAUUCUCGUUGAAAAUUUCGAUGAAUCAGUAACCCAUAUAGUCAUCUCAGCGGAUGAGAAUGGUUAUUGUCCGAGAACGAUGAAAUACAUGUAUGGAUUAUUAACUGGAAAAUGGAUUGUAAAUUUUGAGUGGGUAAUGCUGAGUCUUCCACAACAACAAUGGCUUGAUGAAACUGUAUACGAAGUCAAGGGCUCUUCAGCAUCAACAAUUGAUGCAGCAAAGAAAGCAAGAUUAAAUAUGUUGCAACAGAUGCCUCGUCUUUUGGACGGUUGUUCUUUUUACCUCCGAGGAACCUUCAAUCCUCCCACACUCAAAAAGAACGAUCUCAUUAAACUUAUUAACUUGGGCGGAGGAAAAGUGCUACACAGGGAACCCAAGAUCAAAGAUGAUGAUAUGGCAGGCUCACGCAAACCGGAAGUACCAUAUCAUGCUCAAAAAAAUUCGUCGUUGUCUUGUUGCACCGAGUUUAUUUUGUUUGAUUCAUUAUCAACUGAUUCUCCCAAAGUUGUUUACUCUCCAUUUAUAAAAACCGCUCCUGUCAAAUGGUUAAUGGACUGCAUAUCGUCUUUCAAGCUUUUGGAUAUCCCUAAUCGUCCAUAA